UCAAUUAAAAGUGGCUUUGAAAACAUUUUUUUUCCCAAAAAAGUCAGAGAAUGAGUUUUUCUCCUCAGAAGCGUCACAGCCUGACACGUUUUAUACGUUUUAUAUAAGAGGGUGUUACUGUGUCCUAAUGCUGCCAUUUCUCCUCUUCCUCGUCCUCCACUCCUCCUCCUCUUCCUCCUCCUCUUCCUCAGUGUUCCUGCGGAGCCACAAGAGUCUUGAAUCUGUCGACCCUCAGUUCACGAUGAGGAGGAAGAUGGAUCAGCUGAGAGAAGAGCUGGAGCUCACAGAGCAUCUGAGAGACAGCAUAGAGAGCCGUCUGAAGGUGGAUCUCCCUGAAGAUCUGGGCUCCUCUCUGAUGGACGGAGUGGUGCUCUGUCAUCUGGCCAAUCAGAUCCGCCCGCGCUCUGUGGGCAGCAUCCACGUGCCCUCCCCUGCUGUG